CUGUGCCUGAUUUGUGGCCAAUGUUGGAGAUGUAAAAAAAAAAAAAGGAGGAAAAAAGCCACUAUCCGGGUAGCUAUGGAGAUGGACGGUUUUCCUGGCUGCUUUCUUUGACAGGUGUUGAGCAGGUUAAAAGUCUUAAAAACAAGAGUCCAACAUGUACGCCAAAGGCAAAGGAGCUGUCGUGCCGUCUGAUAGCCAAGCAAGAGAGAAGUUAGCUUUAUAUGUCUACGAAUACCUGCUACAUGUCGGCGCUCAGAAAUCAGCACAAACCUUCCUGUCUGAGAUCCGGUGGGAGAAGAACAUUACUCUAGGAGAGCCUCCAGGAUUCCUGCAUUCAUGGUGGUGUGUGUUCUGGGACCUGUACUGCGCGGCUCCAGACCGGCGCGAGACCUGCGAGCACUCCAGCGAGGCCAAGGCCUUCCACGACUACAGUGCAGCAGCAGCCCCUAGCCCUGUCAUGGGGAGUAUGCCCCCCAACGAUGGCAUGCCGGGCGGACCCAUGCCCCCCGCCUUCUUUCAGGGCCCUCCUGGCUCGCAGUCGUCUCCUCACGCACAGCCUCCCCCACACAACCCCGGCAACCCCAUGAUGGGACCCCACGGCCAGCCUUUCAUGUCUCCGCGGUACCCCGGCGGACCACGGCCGUCCCUCCGCAUGCCAAACCAGCCACCUGUCGGGGUUCCCGGGUCACAACCACUCUUGCCAAACAGCUUGGACCCCACCCGGCCGCAAGGACACCCCAACAUGGGCGGCCCGAUGAGAAUGAACCCGCCGAGGGGAAUGGGCGGCAUGGGACCCCAGAGCUAUGGCGGGAUGAGACCACCUCCCAACUCUCUGGGCGGACCCGGAAUGCCGGGAAUGAACAUGGGUCCAGGAGGCAGGGGUCCCUGGCCAAAUCCCAACACUAACUCAAUAGCGUACUCCUCCUCGUCUCCAGGCAACUAUGUGGGCCCUCCAGGAGGCGGUGGUCCUCCAGGUACCCCAAUCAUGCCCAGUCCAGGAGACUCCACCAACUCCAGUGAGAACCUGUACACGAUGAUGAACCCCAUUGGCCCAGGCGGCAACAGGCCCAGCUUCCCGAUGGGUCCAGGUCCAGACGGUCCCAUGGGAGGCAUGGGCUCCAUGGAACCCCAUCACAUGAACGGGUCGUUAGGCUCGGGAGAUAUGGAUGGGCUGCCAAAGAACUCGCCGAAUAACAUGGCGGGCAUGAACAACCCGCCGGGCACGCCCCGGGACGACGCCGAGAUGGGCGGCAACUUCCUCAACCCGUUCCAAAGCGAAAGUUAUUCACCCAACAUGACGAUGAGUGUGUGAGGUUGUUGUU